AUGUCACAGGAGGUUGGACCUGGUCCAGUUCAUCCCUCCUUGGACAGCUAGGUGUCUCCCCAAUACUAGGGACUCACCAUAUUGGUGCUGGACCUAGUUCAGAAAUCCAAUUGGUUUAAGCUAGCUAGCUCUACUGCAACCAAGAACUCCUGAAUUCAAGUGAUACAUCAGGCUUAAACUUCCCAGUAACCGUCAGUUGAUGGGCAUCCCCGUUAGGUUUCUGCUUUGUUUUGUGUUUUAACUUUGAAUCUCCUUCCCUGCUUUGGGAUCAGGAAGUGGGCUUCAUAACGUUCUUUCUACCAAACUAGACUUAUCAGAUACUGUUUUACUUCCUUCGACUUCUUGUAGGUGGGGGUGUCGGGUAAUUCAUGUGGUUUCUCUAGAAAUGUUUAGACAAUUGGAGGAAAUUCUGUCAUCAGGACUAGAGCAUGCUGGGUACUCGACUAUAGAGGACACCUCCCAGCCAGGCAUUCAAAAAGGUCCUAUUGGAGUUGGUUGUUUUUCUUUCCCCCUCCUGCCAGGUGCUCCGCUCUCUCCCCAAGAGACUAUCUGAUGGAAAUGUGGCUUUUCAGUGCUUGGGACCUGUUGGCUUUCUUGACCCUGCUCAGCUCUACAGCAGGAGAAGAGCUAUUUGAUGUGACAGUGUGGCCGGAGUGGCCCACCGUUGAGGCUGGCCAUGCCCUGUGGAUCAACUGUAGCACCAAUUGCACACACCCUGAAAAAGGAGGCAUUGAGACCCGUAACAUAAACAAGGCUGUGUGGAAAGAAGAGACUCACUGGAAGGCGUUUUACUUAGCAGAUAUCGCCCAGGAUUCCCACAUCAUUUGUUACUUCACCUGCUCUGGCACUCAAAAGAAGAAGUCUGCCAAUAUCACCGUAUACCGGCCACCAGAGCAGGUGAUAUUCAACCUGCAGCCUGCUUGGGUGAUUGUGGGUAAGAAUUUCACCCUGACAUGCCAUGUGCCUAACGUAGGCCCACUGGAAAACCUCACACUCACUUUGCUCCAAGGCACCGAGAUGCUACACCGCCAGACCUUUAAGACUGUGUCUAAGGUUCUGCAAGAUGCCUGGCUUGUUUUCAACGUCACUGCUCGAAAGGAAGAUGACAAGAGUAACUUCUCUUGCUAUGCAGAGCUGGAUCUCAGACCACAUAGCGAGCACUUCUUCAAUGCCAGUUCAGCCCUCAAGAUGCUGGAGAUAUUUGAACCCUCCCAGAACAACCAGAUGCUCAUCACUAUCAUCAUCACAACUCUGCUGCUGCUGAUAUUUGUGGUCACAGUCUGCCUGUGUUUUGUUUAUGGGCAACACUGGCGUAAACAGCGAACUGGGGGAUAUGGGGUACUUGCUGCCUGGAGGAUCCACAGAAACAGAUGUGUAUGACCCAGAGUGACUACAAGGACCAGAGGGAUGAGGGAUACCUUGCUGUCACGGGUCAUCUAUAACUUCUAUAUAGCUUAGUGAGUGGUGAGAAGCAAAAGGAUGUAAAUGUGUGUGUGUGUGUGUGUGUGGAUGAGAGAGAGAGAGAGAGAGAGAGAGAGAGAGAGAGAGAGAGAGAGAGAGAGAGAGAGAGAGAGAGAGAGAGAGAGAGAGUUUGGAAGGACCCAUCUUUCCCAGAAAGACCUUAGGACAGACAGUGAUGGUGAACCUUUUAGAGACCAAGUGCCCAACCUGCAACCCUCAUGCUGCAAGUGAGUGCCUCCUUGCCCCAGACAGGGGAGGGAGGAAGCACUCCCAUUGGGCUGCUGGGCAGAGGAUGGGUGAUGUGAGGAAAGUCCUCAGGUGUGGUGGAGAGGGGGAAGGGGAGCAGUCCCCUUUGGCACACAUGCCAUAGGUUUGCCAACAUGGCCUUAGGAUAUGAGUCGAAAUCCAUAUUCCCAAUCUUGAUUUAUGGUUUAAUUGUUUUCUUUAGAGAUUAAAAUCUACAAAUAGAAUGUA